CUUCCACCUGCAAGUGCUUUUCCAGUACAACUCAGAAUGUUGACAUUGAAGGGAACUUUGCUGCCUUGGGAUGCUAUGGAAGAAGUUAUUGGUAUGUUGCCCAAUCUUGAGAUUCUAAAACUUAAGUUUGGAGCUUGUAAAGGACAAUAUUGGAAACUUAGUGGAGGUGGGUUUCCUAAAUUAAAAUCACUGCUCAUUCAAGGAAUAGAGUUGAAGCAGUGGACAGCUACUGACAAUGCUUUCCCUAUCCUGGAGCGACUUAUCAUUAAACAUUGUAUUCAUUUGGAGAUCCCUUCCAUAUUUGUUGAACUAUACACUUUGCAAUUAUUUGAGUUGUACGGUUGCCAAUCUUUGCUUGUUAAUUCUGCCAAACAAAUUCAGCAACAACAAGAGGAGUUAUUUGGAUAUAAUUGGCUUGUUGUUCAUGACUACAAUACUCAUCAGGUAGCAACCAUUAUUGAAGAAAAAGAACACGAGAACAGAGGACAACAAGAAUGUAAAAAGCUGAAGUACAAGGCUAGUUAUCCUGAUUCCAGCUACUAUGCAAGGCAAGUUCAAGAGGAAGAGGAUUCUAAGCUCACCAAUGUUAACUUCUACAAUUGCUUUGAAGAUGACUUUGACGACAAUGACAUCAAUUGAAACAAUCUUCUCUAUUUCUUAGCUCCUAGCCUAUUGUCCAUGCCAAAUAAAAAUCAUAUGAUUUAUUACUUUUGCUAUAAUUUAUGUUUAAAAAAAAAACUUCUUUAGCUGCAUAUUAUGGGUCUGUGGAUGACCUCCUUCCUUUUUCUUUGAGUAUAGCACUUUGAAUUUGGUAUGAGAAAUUGUUUCAUUGGGGAGUGGAAUUGCUUAAAAUAAGUGUAGGGAUGAGCUAAUUAAGCUUGAUUUUGAUUAUUGUUUCUUUUGUGUGGGCUUGUAUGAAUUAUAUUUGGUAAAUUUCUACAUGUUUAUUCACUACAUAUUUCAGACUUUUUUCUAAUUAAUAAUACCAUGUGAAUUGAAGGUUAUA